AUGGCGAGCGGCACUGGAGACAAAGGCGCUCUCGUGAACCCCUACGAGGUCUUGAAGGAGGAAGAUGCCCUGCAGCGGCGGCUCGAGAAGCAGGCAGAGCGCGAAAGGAGGCGGAAACAGCGGAGGGAGGAGAAAGCCGCAGCCUCCGCUGCCGCUGCCGCUGCCGCUUCGGCAGCAGCUACUGCGGCAGCCGCAGCAGCCGUAAGGGCUCAGCUUUCUCCAGGUGCAACUUCUCUACUGCAGGGUGCUCGAUGGGCAGACGUUGAUGUAGACUCCGAGGAGGAGGGGGCCCCCCCGUCUGCCUCCGAUGUGCGCAGGACUGGGGGGUCUUGGCCAGCGGCUCCUGGGAGGUGUGCGCAUCACCAGAGGGAUGCCUUCUACUCAGACGCUGAGACUUCCUCAGAAGAGGACCUUGAGAGCGACGCAGAAGAUGAUCCGCACGGAGAUGAGUCCGCCGACAGCAGCAGCAGCAGUGGGGAGGAGGAGAAAAGCGGCCAUGCUGCUGGGCCGAACAGAGAACAGCCAAUUAGGUCGCCCGCUGAGGCAAAGAAAAAGGCGAAAGGCGCUGUGGGUGGCACUGCUGCAGACCCCUUGAAAGGUUUGAGUCGGAAGGAGCGUAAGCAACGAGAAAUGGAGGAGCUCGAGAGGGCCCUCAACGAGGCUGGCUUAACUCCGGCUGCUUCUCCAGAGCAUCAGAAACAGCAACAGCAAAAGACGGGGGAAGGAGCUGCUGUAAACGGGCGACCCUCCGGCAGUGGUGAGAAGGAGAAGAAGAAGAAAAAGAAGUCUCAGCAGCAGCAGCAGCAGCAGCAGCAGCAGGAGGAGGCUGAAUCUGAGGAUACAGGGGACACUCCUGCUGCUCCGGAGGAUCCAGCGAAGAUCGCCGCUCGGUUGAAAGCUGCCGCGGCUGCGAAGCGCAGCCCAGCGAGCAGCAAGGACCUCGCGAAGAAGCUGGCAGCUCAGGAGGCGAAGGCGAAGAUGGAGAAGGCGAAAAAAGAGAAAAAGCCAAAGCUCUUCUUCCCGCCCAAACAGUGA